UAUCUUUUCAUUCAGUCAGGCCCAAACCAGAGAGAGAAGCGUUCUGCUCCUUCCAGAAAAACCUCGACAGAAACUUCUGGAGCCGAGGCCUCAGCGUUCAGAGCAGAUUUAAACCUCCUGUGACUGGAGUGAAGAAGAAGAAGAACAUGACUCUGCUCUGCUACAACAAAGGCUGUGGAGAGAAAUAUGAGGCCGACCAGAACAAGGCCGACUCCUGCCUCUUCCACCCGGGCGUCCCCAUCUUCCACGACGCUCUGAAGGGUUGGUCCUGCUGCAGGAAGAGAACCACGGACUUCUCAGAGUUCCUUUCCAUCAAGGGUUGCACCCGUGGGCGUCACAGCGAUGUGCAGCCCCAGGAGCCUCUCCGGCCGGAGGUGACUUCAGAUAAAGGGGAAAUCAAACAUGCCAACGACCGGGAGAUAAUCUACCAGGGACCCAAAUCUGCAGAGACGCUGCAGAGAGAGAGACCCAGUUCAGAGGAGCCAAAGACCAAAUUGCCGCAGAAAGUGUCGGCGUCUCUGGCUCAAGUUCUGGAGAAGCUGGAGAUCAAUGACAGAGCCGACAAGGAGCAGAAAGAGAGUCAGACUGUGAUGCAGGGAACUCGCUGCAAGAACUCAGGAUGCAAAACAACCUUUGACGGUCCAGAGACGGACCUGGAGGUGUGCACCCACCACCCGGGUGGACCCGUCUUCCACGAGGGGUACAAGUACUGGAGCUGCUGCUGCAUCAGGACGAUAGACUUCAACGCCUUCCUGGACCAGAAGGGCUGCACCACAGGGAAACAUCGCUGGAUCCCCAAGCAGGACAAGAAGAAGGUGGCGUGUCGACAUGAUUGGCACCAAACUGAAGAUAAUGUUGUUGUAACGAUUUACGCCAAGAACGCAAACCCUGAGUUCACCUGCAUCGAGGCGAACGGGACCGUGCUCUCGUGUCAAAUCCAGUUUGAGAGCAACAAGCUUUUCAAGAGAGACUUCCACCUGUGGGGGGUGAUGGACGUCAAGCAGAGCUCCGUCAACAUGGUGCCGACCAAGGUGGAGGUUUUCCUGCGUAAGGCCGACCAGGUGUCCUGGGGCAAACUGGAGGAUCCCAACCACAAACCUGAGCCGGAGCCCGAGGAGAACUUCGCCGAGACCCAGCAGCCCGACUGGGACAUCGCCGACGACGACAUCAGCGACUCGGACGAAGAGUGGGCCUACGACACGCCGGAGAAUAAACAGCUGCUAAAGGACAAAGAGGAGCAGAAGAAGAAAGCGGAAGAGGUGCAGAGGAAGGAGGUGGAGGAGGAGAUGAAGAGGGCGACGGAGGAGAGGAGGAAGGCGGAGGAGCAGAGGAGGAAGGAAGAAGCCGAAGGAUACGAGGACAUACCCGAUCUGGAGUGACUCCGAAAAUCCAGAUGUGGAUCUGAUUUGAGUUCACGCUCGGCAGAAACUAAAAAUGUUGUAAUAAGUUUUUGUGAAGAUCAACGUAAAGUUACAAGAUCCAAAUGAAAUGUAAUCUUGUAAAAGUGAUGUCGUUGACACACUGACGUCUUCUAUAACAUGAAUAUAACCAGAAACCAUGAAAUGCAAAUUUCAAAAGAGAAAUAAAGACUUUUUUUAACGGG